AUUGUGGGAGGGAGGGGUGAGGAGCGCGUGACUGUGAAUUUGAGCACUUUAUCUCAGAUCUGCAUACCUGUAUCAGCGUUAAGCAAGCAAGAACUCUUCAUCGUGCUUCAUCCUUUUCCUUCCUUCCUUACCUAUUCUAUCACCAUAACAUAUACCUAUCCAUCAAUCUCUUUGCAUUUCACCUUCUUGCACUCCAAAACCCUAUCCAUCUAUGUACAUAUGUCUACUCACAUGGAACACAAAUAGUCACUAAUAAUAAAUAAAAUAAGUCAGCACUGAUCGAUGGUUAUGCAAGUUGGAAGCAUGGAGUCAGAACUGAAAACCCUAAAUUCCAAAGACCUCAAAGCCAAUGGAAUCUCCAAAUCCAACAUCGGGGAUGGAGAAGGUGAAGGUGACGAUCGCCCUCUGCUCAAGUCCUCCGACUCCACCAGCACCACCACCACCACAUCCGACACCAUUGAAGACAUGGAGAAGAAAUACGCCGCCUUCGUCCGCCGCGACGCGUACGGCACCAUGGGCCGCGGCGACCUCCCGGCAAAGGAGAAGCUCCUCUUGGGAUUCGCGCUCGUCACGCUGCUCCCCAUACGAGUCGUGCUUGCUAUGACCAUCCUGGUGUUCUACUACGCCAUCUGUCGCGUGUGCACUCUAUUUUCUUCUCCUAACCGCGACGACGAGCAGGAGGAUUACGCUCAUAUGGGCGGGUGGCGUAGGGCAGUUAUUGUUCGCUGCGGGAGAGCUCUAUCGAGGUCCAUGCUCUUUAUCUUCGGCUUCUAUUGGAUCCCGGAGUCUCAUAUCCCUGAUCAUCACGAUGCUGAUGGAAAUGGAAGCUCCUUCACUCACACAAAGAAUGGAGACAAAACUCAACCAGAAGUGGGAAGACCUGGCGUAGUAAUAUCUAAUCAUGUGUCGUACUUGGAUAUUUUGUAUCACAUGUCCUCUGUAUUCCCCAGUUUUGUUGCUAAGAGAUCUGUGUCUAAGCUUCCAUUCGUCGGGCUCAUCAGCAAGUGCCUUGGAUGUGUCUAUGUUCAGCGGGAAUCAAAAUCAUCAGACUUCAAGGGCGUUUCAGCGAUCGUCACUGAAAGAAUUCGAGAAGCUCAUCAAAAUGAGUCUGCUCCAGUAAUGAUGCUAUUCCCAGAAGGUACAACCACAAAUGGAGAGUACCUCCUUCCAUUCAAGACAGGAGGUUUUUUAGCAAAAGCACCAGUACUUCCUGUAAUUUUACGAUACCAUUACAAGAGGUUUAGCCCUGCCUGGGAUUCCAUAUCUGGGGUGCGUCAUGUGAUUUUUCUCCUAUGUCAAUUUGUAAAUUAUGUGGAGGUGAUUCGGUUACCUGUUUACUAUCCCUCACAGCAGGAGAAGGAUGACCCUAAACUAUAUGCCAAUAAUGUUAGAAGAUUGAUGGCUACUGAGGGUAAUUUGAUACUUGCUGACAUUGGACUCGCUGAAAAACGAAUAUAUCAUGCUGCUCUGAAUGGUUUGUUUUCCCAAUGCUAAUUCGGAUUCCUGGUCUGUGUAUAUUCAUUGUAUGGUUCUGUUAUUUAUUCUGAAAGAAAAAGAUACAAAUAUAGAAAAUUCUGUGCAGAACAAGCAUUCCUAGUCGAAAAUGAUGUAUCUGAAAUGCCUCUAGGACCUUAAUGCCGCUGGGCACUGGCUGAGCAUAGGUUCUGUAUCUAUAUUUUUCUGUUAAAUUUGUCAAUUACUUGUAGGAUCCUCCCCGUAGUUAGGGUUAGGUUGUCUAGCAUAUAACAGUUGAUUUUGAUUAUAAUUUGCUUUAGGGAGAAGAGGUUAACGAUUCAAUUGCUUUUUCUUUUUUUUUUUUCUUUGAAGUUUCCUUUUUUCUUAAAUUUUUCUGUUGCCAAGCGCAGAGUUAUCUAAACUGUCUAUUUUGUCAAACAACAGAUCUAAAACAUGAUUGUAACCUGGAAUUAGAAACCCAUUUUAUACCA